CAAUGCCCCUAGUCAGCUCAGGAGUAGAGCAUGGUAAUUUGAGAGAGCUGGCAUUUGCAAGAAUGAAAGACCUUGGAAUACAGUGUCGAGAUGUGAGAACCAGAGAAGUUGGGAUUCAAGAAAUUCAUCACAAAGUACGGCCAUACCAGGUUGAAUUGGUAAGAAGAGAUUAUGUUGCAAAUGGCGGCUGGGAAACGUUCUUGUCAUAUGAAGACCCAGAUCAAGACAUUUUGAUUGGCCUCCUACGAUUACGGAAGUGUUCCGAGGAAACCUUCCGAUUUGAAUUGGGCGGGGGUGUUUCCAUAGUCCGAGAGCUGCAUGUGUAUGGAAGUGUGGUCCCUGUGAGCAGUCGGGAUCCAGCUAAAUUUCAGCAUCAGGGAUUUGGCAUGCUGCUGAUGGAGGAAGCAGAAAGAAUAGCUAGAGAAGAGCAUGGAUCUGGGAAAAUAGCUGUUAUAUCAGGGGUCGGCACCAGGAAUUAUUAUAGAAAGAUUGGCUACAGGUUGCAAGGUCCGUACAUGGUAAAGAUGCUGAAAUAAUGGCUACACACCAGUCCACCUUU